ACAGUUUACUUACCAAACACCUGGAUCCGCUCAGCCAGGCACGUGCUAAGAGUUGCGUCCGUGACCUCAUUUCAUUCUUUCCACGGUCCUCUGUCAUAACCACUGCUCACCUCCCCUCACAGUAACAAACUCGGACCGUUCCCAGCUUUGCCAACCUCGGUGACCCGGGAGUUGGCUGAUAUCCCUGGCACCCCAGAUCCCAGCUCCCCGUGCACCUGGCGGCCAGCAGGGAGCGGGAUUCGGGGCAGAAGGGGCAGGCGGCGCGGGUGCCCUGCGGGGCGGGGGCGGGCUCAGCGCGGACAGAACCUGCGGGACGCCGGCGGCGCGGGGGGCUUCGCUGUGGGCUGGGCCAUGGAGCGCCCGGCGCCCGGGGAGGUGCGCAUGAGCCAGGCCAUCCGGCCCGCGCACGCGAACUCGCGCGGGGAGCUGAGCGCGGGGCAGCUGCUCAAGUGGAUCGACGCCACUGCCUGCCUGGCGGCUGAAAAACAUGCCGGGGUUUCCUGUGUUACAGCCUCAGUGGAUGACAUACAGUUUGAGGAGAUGGCAAGAGUUGGACAAGUUAUAACCAUCAAAGCAAAAGUUACCAGAGCUUUCAGCACAAGCAUGGAGAUCAGCAUCAAGGUCGUAGUCCAGGACAUGUUGACUGGUAUUGAGAAACUUGUCAGUGUGGCUUUCUCUACCUUUGUAGCCAAACCAGUUGGAGAAGAAAAGAUUGAUUUAAAACCAGUCACACUUCUAACUGAGCAAGAUCACAUGGAACAUAAUCUGGCUUCUGAGAGAAGGAAAGUUCGAUUACAUCAUGAAGAUACCUUUAAGAACUUGAUGAAGGAAAACAGCAAGUUUGAAGGCCCCAUCUGUGACCAAGAGGAAGGAGUGGUUCCCACGAGUGGCACAUCUGUUCAGAGCAUUGAACUUGUCCUCCCGCCCCACGCAAACCAUCAUGGAAAUACGUUUGGUGGCCAAAUUAUGGCAUGGAUGGAGACCGUGGCUACUAUUUCUGCAAGCCGCCUCUGUCGAGCACACCCCCUUUUGAAGUCUGUGGACAUGUUUAAAUUCCGGGGACCAUCUACUGUUGGAGAUCGGCUUGUUUUCAAUGCCAUUGUCAACAAUACAUUUCAGACCUGUGUGGAAGUGGGAGUGCGUGUGGAAGCCUUUGACUGUCAGGAGUGGUCUGAGGGCCAAGGCCGGCACAUCAACAGUGCUUUUCUCAUUUACAAUGCUGUCGAUGAUAAGGAAGAACUGGUCACAUUUCCCAGAAUCAAACCCAUGUCAGAGGAAGAUUUUAGACGGUAUCGUGGAGCUAUUGCACGCAAGAGAAUUCGCCUCGGCAGAAAAUAUGUUAUUUCCCACAAAGAAGAGGUGUCACUCUCUGUACACUGGGACAUAAACAACCAGGGAACCCUGAGUAAUGCCAAUGUGGAGGCUCUCAAGAAUCUGGCAGCCAGAAGUGGUUGGGAGGUUACCAGUGUGGUGGAAAAGAUAAAAAUAUAUACCCUGGAAGAGCAUGACAUUUUAUCUGUUUGGGUUGAAAAGCACGUGGAAAGACCAGCACAUGUGGCUUAUCAUCUCCUGUCUGACUUUACCAAGAGACCUUUGUGGGACCCCCAUUAUGUGUCCUGUGAAGUGAUAGAUUGGGUGAGCGAAGCUGAUCAGAUAUAUCAUAUCACUUGUCCUAUAGUGAAUGGUGACAAGCCCAAAGACUUGGUAGUGCUUGUAUCACGGAGAAAGCCUCUCAAAGAUGGUGACAGUUACAUGGUGGCAGUGAAAUCCGUUAUUCUACCAUCAGUCCCACCUUCUCCACAGUACAUCAGAAGUGAAAUCAUCUGUGCGGGAUUUCUCAUCCAUGCAAUCGACAGCAGUUCCUGUACCGUGUCAUACUUCAACCAGAUUUCUGCUAGCAUCUCUCCUUACUUUGCUGGAAAUCUUGGUGGCUGGUCAAAAUCCAUUGAAGAAACAGCAGCCUCUUGUAUACAAUUCUUAGAGAAUGCUACUGAGGAUGGAUUGAUAAACAUAUUUUAAAUGGACAAACCAGCACAUGUCAAGUUGGCCUCCUCUACAGGACAACAUUUAAGAGUUGAAGGACUUCUUCAUGAGAGUUUAGAGCGUUAAGAAAUUAGGUACAUCCUGCCAUCCGUAGGUCAAAUCUCUACCUCUGCUUCCCCUGCCUACCCCUACCCCAGCCCAUCUACUUCCCGAACCUAGGUCUGGUGGUUAUUUUUAUUCUAUGUCAGCAGGCUUUCAUUUACACGAACUUUGGACUGUGCUUCAAUUUUAUGAAUUAACAUUGACAUACAGUAAGAAGAGUGGAUAUGCAGGUUUAAAUGACUAUACAGAUCAGAAGUAGAUUUUUGAGAAUAUUGUUAGAUUUUAAAAAAGGCAAAAAAAUUAGCAAUAAAGGGGUUACAUUACACUAAAAUUUUGUAUGGUAAAAUUUCAAACCUCUCCUGUAACGGAGAUGCUUCUAACUUCUGCCUAUCGGAGGUCUUUGAAUUUAUAUUUUUUUGGAAAAUUACUGCAAUAAUGAUUUGAGGUGUUGGUGAAACAUCCAAGGAGGAAAUGAAAUCAGGGAUAUUAGGACAGAUGGAUUUAGGACUCAGCCUUGGAAAAGUGAAAGAUAAGCUUGUAAGAGGUGGCAUUUCCAGAGGAUUGAUGGAAGAAUGCUAAUGACGAAGUCCUAGGGGAUGCAACAGAAAAUAUUUUUUUAAAGAUUUAAUUUAUUUAUUUGACACAGAGAGAGAGAUAGUGAGAAAGCACAAGCAGGGGUCGUGGCAGGCAGGCAGGGAGAGGGAGGGGGGAAGCAGGCUCCCUGCUGAGCAAAGAGCCCUAUGUGGGGCUUGAUCCCAGGACCCUGAGAUCAUGACCUGAGCCGAAGGUAGACACUUAACCGACUGAGCCACCCAGGCGCCCCUCAACAGAAUAUUUUUUAAAUGUAAUAAAAUAUUUCGUAUAUUAUUUUUCUGAUACACUGGUAUGUCAAAUACGUAUUUUCCCCUCAAGUCUCCUCUCCAUCCUAAAGCUGCAUUAGAAUGCAUGUGACCUUGUUUGACUUCAUCACAACCACAAUCCCAAGUACCUAAAAGAGUACCAGAAACACAGCAGGAACUGGAGAAAGAUGCAGUGCAUAAAUAAAGUUAAUGUUUGCCUUCCUCACUUGAGGAGGCUUUUGACUCUCCAGAGUCUUUGGCACCUCAUAGGACAGGUGAAAUAAAUCUGGGUGUGUUUGGACUAAAUGUCUAAGACAGUACUGCUGCCCUCUUCCAGCUGCACGACUUGGGUGAUUUCUUUUAAAUGGCACUCCUUUCUGGGAGGCUGAGCUAUAUUCUAUCCUGUUUUCCUCUCAUCAAAAAUAAAACAACAGCUCCUAUUAAAACUAGCACUGUUGAGGUAUGCAGACAUUAAAAUAGAGAAAAGUGUUUCUUUUCUUAUUUGGUAAAUAUUUUGCUUUUGAAGCAUCAGUGAAUAAUCACAGCUGUUUCCUUUAGUUACAAAUGUAUCCAAUCAGGUAAAAUUCCAAAUGAAACACACAAUCCACUGGAGUCAUUCCAUUAAACAGUACAAUGGGAGCCAUAAGCCUUGUGAAAUAUAUGUAUUAAGUAUGCAUGUAUUCAUCAAAUCAAAGAAGCUAAUGGGUCUCUAAUUAGUGUUCUAACUCUGUUACAGUGAAAGUUGCAUUCUCACCUGGACGCAUCUAAAACAUGUGAACAAAAUGCUGCUAAGAGUAAUAUACAGUCUGUUAAGUGACAUCAUUCUGGCCGAAUACCCAAAACUAAAUUUCGGCUGGAAUUUCUCUCUUGAAAAAUCAAGGACAAAGAAGAGCUGCUGUUAAGUAUUCUUCUAUUUUACCUCAAUAAUUUGUACUUCUUUAUGUCAAAACUAAAAUAAAUAUUAACCAAAAUUAAUCUUACCUAGACUUCACAAAAGAUGGUAUUUCCAAAGGGUUUGUACCUGGACAUAAA